CAUGGCCGCCCGGGGGCUGCUGCGGGCGGCGGCGGCCGCGCUGCGCGCCCCGGCCCGCGGCUACGCCAAGAAACCCGCUGCCAAGUCCAAAGGCAAGGGUGUGCCAAAGGAGGUGUUGAAGGGGCCGGAGGUGUGCACCGACCCCACCAUGCUCGCCACCCACGCCAUGGGGGUCAACUACUUCAAGGAGGGUCCGGAGGUGGCCCUGAAGCCCGAGUCCGAGUACCCCGACUGGCUCUUUAAGAUCCACCUCGGGCCCCCCAAGAAGCUGGAGGAGCUGGACCCCAACUCACUUGAGUACUGGAGGCGCCUGCGGAAGUACAACACAUGGCAGCGCAACAAGCUGAAGAAGGGCAAGAAGAUGUAGGUGCUGCUGAGCUUGGGGCUUCCCGGUGUGCCAGCUCAAGUGGCACUGGAACCUGCCCUGGCUUUUGGUCUCUUCUCUUUGCUGUAAAUAAGAAAUAAAUCUCUGGUGAGGCUGAUUUCUGUAAUAAAGUCUGUGACAGACCCUUGGCAA